ACCAUCUACAACCCUCCGAUAAAACGAAGCCAACUGUUUGUACGGCCAUCGGAUUCCAGCGACCGCCCAUCCUGCCAUCCAUCAUUUAUUCCGAUUCACCUACCAACAGAUUUCCUGUUCGAUUUGGGAAGAUGAUGUCAGAAUCACAGUCAGGCUGCUGGACCAACGGUCAGAACUCUGGUAUGUCCGCCGCUGAUCAUGGCUCCGGUGAGAUCAUGUUGUUCGGAGUCAGAGUCAAAGUUGAUCCGAUGAGGAAGAGUGUGAGUAUGAACGAUCUCUCACAGUACGUACAACCUGCCACUCAUGAUUCGUCUAGUAAUAGUAACAACCUUGAUGGUUCUGCCGCCGUUGCUGCCGAUAUCGGUUACGCCUCCGCUGACGAUGCUGUCCGUAACCACUCCAAUGGUGGAAGAGAGCGCAAACGAGGGGUUCCAUGGACCAAGGAAGAACACAAGCUGUUUCUCUUAGGUCUGCAGAAAGUAGGCAAAGGGGACUGGAGGGGAAUUUCAAGGAACUUUGUGACCACACGUACCCCUACACAAGUCGCAAGCCAUGCUCAGAAAUAUUUCCUCCGCCGUAGCAACCUCAACCGCCGCCGCCGUAGAUCCAGCCUCUUUGAUAUCACUACUGAUUCGGUUGCAGGAAUCCUAGUGGAAGAAGAGCAAGUUCAAGAAGAUAACAACAGUACUCAACCUGCACAAUCACCUAUGAUGUCUUCACAGCAUAUGUCUCCUCUAAGUGGAUUCCCAAUGGCUGCCUUCCCAGCCACAGUGGGUCCGAUCCCAAUUCCGUCACCAGUACGGAUGGAGAAUCAAAUGGAAACUGCGACUUUCAGUAAUGGCAAUCAACUCAACAGUGGAUCAACUCAACUCGUUAGCCCAAUUCCCUUGCUUCCAACACCCGAUCCAUCAAUAACUGCAGAUCUUAAGUUGAAUCAGAAACACGAAAGGGACCCGUUGUCGUUAUCUCUCAGCCUCUCUCUGUCGUAUAACAACAAUCGAUGGGAAUCUUCUGCAUUCCAGGUGAUCUCAGGCUUCAACAAUGGAGAUGGUCUAAUCAGUGUUGGUUAAACAUCACAAAAGGGAAAAUAAAAAACAAGUCAUUCUGCUGGUAAUUAGUCUUCCACUUCAAUUUAAUCCUUUGUUUAUGUACAGAUCAGGAUAUGUUUAACUUAUGAUUAUGUUUGUUGUUGUAUGCAUACCCACUUAUUAGAUGCAUGUUCAUGUGUCUCUC